CGGAGCUGCAGCGCUCUCCGCUCAGCUCCUCCGUCUUUUCUCUCUUUAACCGGCAGACAUGAUGCUGACAAACAUGAAAUAAUCACAGACGUGACUUGUCGGACACUGAUGAUUUUUUAUUUUUGACCAUUUGGUGAUUUUUCUCUCGUUUGCUUCGUUUCCACGUCGUCGACCAGUCUGUGGAAUGGUGUGCGUGUUCUCCCCGGGGUCGUGUCCACUUCAGCAUGGGAACUGCGGUGUCCAAAAGGAAGAAUCUGAGGAGUGAUGCGAUAUCUUCCGUGGCCGCAAAAGUUAGAGCAGCCAGAGCAUUCGGAGAAUACCUGUCCAAUAACAACACAGAGAACCGCAACGGAGCAGAUCAUCUAUUAUCUGACACCUUCCCUGGCCAGGACUGUGACUCUCCAGACGUUAGCCGCUUGCAUAACAACAAUCUGCCACACCAGAGCCGCUGUUUCCCUGUAGCAAAACCCAACCAAUCCAGCCAAUCAAAUCCCAGUGCUCCUCCCCAGUGUCAGCCUCUAGCCCACAGCCUCCAGGCCCCAGCACCUUUGGGACCAUCCAAACGUAGACUCUCUGUUGAGCGCAGCCUCUCUGCAGAGGAGCCCCCAGUUGCCAGAGGCCCAGAGGGGAGUGUGACGGUCAAGCCGGCAAGAGUUUACACAAUCACUAGGGAAGGAGGGAUGACCCUGGGGGGCCGUGGCAGUGAGGAGAGCCUGGAACUGGAGGUGCUUAAGGGCUCCAGGGAGCAACCUCUAUCCCAGACUCCUACCACUGCCAACCACAACCCAUCCUGCACCAGCCAACCCUCCGCCUCAGCUGCCCACGGGACCCAUCAUCGUAGUAGCCACCACCGCAGCAACCAUCACCAUGCCAACCAGCAUCACGGAGGCCCGCCAUCAUCAUCUCAGCCACUGCAGAGCUCGGGGAAUGCCAACAACAUCCGAGACUGGGGGAUGAGAAGAGGGGGGUCGCGGGACGACUACACCCCAGACUGCGUGGCCUGCAUUCGGGCUCCAUGUCAAAGUCAGCGUUCCCUUGACCUGGAUACUUCACCGCGGGAUGGGGAGAAGCACCGCAAGAAACUGGAGAGGAUGUACAGCGAGGAAAGACCACCAAGUGAUGACAGGGAGGACACUCCUAAUAGCUGGUUCCCCAAGGAGAAUAUGUUCAGCUUUCAGACAGCCACCACCACCAUGCAGGCAAUAUCAAAUUUCCGCAAACACCUUAGGAUGGUGGGCAGCCGCAGGAUGAAAGUGCAGACCUACGCCGAUCGCCGAGCCAAGAGCUUCAGCCGCUCAUGGAGUGACCCCACCCCUGUCAAGCCUGACUCACUGCAUGACUCCAGAGACAGUGGUGAUCUCCAGACCUCCUCAGGGACAUUAGAUGAAGGGCUGGAUGAGGAUGCUGAGUGGGAGGAGGAGAGGGAGAUGGAGAGAGCAGCCUGUGACGGCGAGGACUUUAUCCCACCGAAAAUCAUGCUGAUAUCCUCCAAGGUCCCAAAGGCUGAAUAUGUUCCUAACAUCAUCCGCAGGGAUGACCCCUCCAUCAUCCCCAUUCUUUAUGACCAUGAACACGCCUCAUUUGACGACAUCCUCGAGGAGAUAGAGAAGAAGCUGAGUGCUUACAGGAAAGGCUGCAAAAUCUGGAACAUGCUCAUUUUCUGCCAGGGAGGUCCAGGACAUUUGUAUCUGCUGAAGAAUAAAGUGGCCACUUUUGCCAAGGUGGAGAAGGAAGAAGACAUGAUCCAGUUCUGGCGUCGGCUCAGCAGGCUGAUGAGUAAACUGAACCCGGAGCCCAAUCUCAUCCAUAUCAUGGGCUGCUAUGUGCUGGGGAGCGCUAAUGGAGAAAAGCUUAUUCAGACUCUGAAGAGGCUGAUGAGACCCACGUCGGUUGAAUUCAAGUCCCCGCUCGAGCUGUCUGCACAGGGCAAAGAGAUGAUCGAGAUGUACUUUGAUUUCCGUCUGUUCCGCCUGUGGAAAAGCCGUCGGCACUCGAAGCUGCUGGACUAUGAUGACCUCUUGUGACGUCGCCCACUUUCUGUUGGCUUGUCGGCCGGUUAUCUCAUGUCUGAGCCUACUGAUGUACGGUGACAGGGCGUUUGGCUGAAGGGCCCCUCAGAGGCACCUAGACCAGCUCUGUGGCAGAGCAGGAGCAGCAGCGCAGCUGGGUCUGUUUUUCACCUCUGAAGCGACGUGGCGGUCCUGUAGAUUCAGCCAGUGGUGUGCUUUUUCCUCCCUUAUCCAUUUUCAAUUCUGCCUAUCUCUCUGAGAAAAGAGAAAGAGAGGGACGAGAAUAAGGAGGAGAAGCAAGGGACUCAUCAUCCUAUCCUAAAUGUGUCAGCAGACACUAACUAGAGUUUAGAUUCCUGAGAUCAUAGCGAUAGUGAUAGCAGAGCGACAGAGCAGAACGAACUCCACGCUUCUGAGUUUAGAGGGUGACAGAUUUAUUUAUUUAGUUGGUUACGUUUUGCCUUUUUUGCCUCAGCUAAUCUUUUAAGAUGCAGGUUUAUAGGACAGAAGUAUUUUCUCUGUCAUGUGUGGAAGUUUUCUGCAAGGGAAUUAGAGCUUAUAUGUAAAUAAACAAGUGCUUAGCGGAGCAUUAGAGAAUCUAUUUCCAGCAUCUCUUUGUCAUGUGAAAAUCUAGACAAUAAAUUAAUCAGAUUAAAAACUAGGUCUCUAUUUAACACAACUGUUUUAAAACUUCAAAUAACUGUAUUAGCGUUUUUUGUACAGAUUGUUGUAUUAACUCAGGUUAAAUCCCUUGUUUGAUACUAAGAAUUGUAUUCAGUGUUUGCAACAUACUGUAGAUCAGAAUCUGAUGCCUACAUCCUCAACACAAAGCCAUCGCCAGUGGGACAUCAUGACCGUCAGGGAUGUCAUAUGGAGGGUGGAGGUUUCCUAUAUUUUCAUAGUCUGUCAAGUCAACAGUAGCCAAACACACAGAUGUAUCUGUGCAUCUUUCUGAACAUUACAACAUUGCGUUUGACCCGGCUGAGCCUACACCAGCUUUUCUUUUUGAGCUGUCGGUUCAUGGGUCCUGAAACUUUUUUGUGUGUUUGUGUCUCCAUUGGUGACCUCUGCAUUGUGUUGUUCUGUGAAGAGGUUGCAGGUGGAAUCAAUCGGCAGUGUCUUUAUAAGGAGUAGUAACAUACAUGCUGCACUGUAUAUUUACUUUAUUUCAACUCCUUUUACUCUCAUCUUUCGGAGUGAAUCAGAAUUUCUUAUUGAAGACUUAGUUUGACGUUUUCAAAGUAGCAAUGACGUGGUAGAGGUGACACUUAACUCUGAGUUGUGUUUCUUUCACCUCACCACUACACUUUUGUUUGUGUUAUAAAACAGAUUUGCUGAAUAUCACAAGAUGAAGGUCUAUCAUUGUCAACACUCAUGUUUGGUAUUAAUAUCCAUUUUUUUAAAACAAGGACAUUUUCAUUUUAAGACUUUUUAACUUAAUGAAGUUAAGGUCAAAUUUGCAGAAGCAGAGGGUAAUAUAUUCUGACUAGUUUCACAUGUUGAGCAGUACCCCUUGUGACAGGGAUCUUAAUACAAUCUUCACCAGGCAGACAGAAAUAAUUAUUACCUUUCUUAUAACCUUUCUUAUUACCUUAUCUUGUUGUUGAGUUAUUUCAGACUUGAACUACCGUAGCCCAUCUAAUAACAAAGGACACUAUUAGCCUGAUGCUGCAUUUCUGGCAUUGUCUCUAGUUGCUGAAAGCAAUCCUGUUUUUUCUUUUGUUUAAAGCAUUUUACUGUAUAGCUACAAAAUACUCACACUAUUGCUAAAUAUCUAGAAUUAAUUUAUUUUAUGUUACUAACACUAAAUAUUUUGGGGCCAAGUGCGUUUUGAGAACUUGGUCAUUUUGGAACAGUAUAACUACUGGUAUUGGAUAAGUGUAGUUUCAAAAAGGAGAAGUGGCAUUUACAUCGCACCAUUUCAAGCUUGUGCUGAGGUGGCCAUGUCCUCUGUUAUAUACAUGUAUAUAUAUAUUCUCUCUGAUAUAUGCAGCUACAUCAUCACUCAAUGUCCUCGCAAAGAUGGGAAAAAAUAAGGAAAAUCCACUGAAAGUUAAGGCUUUUUUUGCUUUUUCAUUUCGUCAUUAACUUGGUUGCAAGAUCAAGAUUCAGGGACUUUCAGUGUAAUCAGACAACAGUAUGUGUCAUUUAUUAACAUACACCUCCUAAAUGUUUAUCCCAGCCUCCCUGCACAUGUAAAAAUGUGUGUCGUGACUCGUGUGUGCGUGACUGAGCACUUUCGCUGCUUAUCGGUACAUUCAAGUCUGUCAGUGUUGAUGCUUGCUGAUCCAUGUGAAUCGUUUGAACUGGAAUAAGUGUUCAUUGCAGUGGAAUGAACAUAUUGAACUCAUGGGCUCUAUAAGGAAAGAUGUGGACCAAAAUGGAGACACUGAGGCAUUUAACCCCCCCCCCCCCUUUUCCAGUGAGGUUGUAAAACAUUCUGUUAAAUAAUUCUGAAGUUAGUUACUGUCUUAAGAGCCCUGUUCUAAUGAACACUAGCCCUUUAAGUGGAUGAAGAAAAUUAAGUGGACUAUUCUUUCCUCAGAUACAUUGAUGCUGCUCUUUGCAUUAUUUACUUCCUACCAUAAACGUGAGCUGACAUAUUUUUCUGUAUUUAAGAUAUUUGUGUAUCACUGUAAAUUUUUAUUUAUGCCUCGUGCCACAUAAAAUGCUUACUCAUACAAGCAUACUUGCUGUCAAGUUAUCGUUGUGCCACAAACUAGCAUGUGUCAAAUUUAUUGUGAUAAUUUGGUGUAAUUACUGUAAACAGGUAAGACCAUAGUGGUUGCUUAUGUCAACACAAAACUUGUUGGAAACACUGGUAUGUGUUGGAAUACUAAUAUUGCCCAGUCAUUGCAGUAGUUUUAUGCAUAAGUAACUACUCCUUGUUUGUAUCAUUGUUCGCACUGUAAAUUCUGAAACAGUAUUCGGGUACUUUAAAGGUCCAGUGUGUGGAGUUUGGCAGAAAUUGUAUAUAAUGUUUACAAUGAUGUUUGCAUCAGUGCAUAAUCACCUUUAGCUAAUAAUCAUUGUGUAACCACUGAAUAGGCCCUUUAUAUCAACAUUGUGAGCGGGUCCUUUACCACAGAGUCCACCAUGUUGGACUGCCAUGUUUCUUCUACAGUAGCCCACAAUGGACAAACCACACUCUUGUCUUUUACAUUACCUGAAGGUCACCACGGGCUCUCCAACACUUAAAAGGGAAGGAUGAGAGGAUGAGUUUCCAGUUAAAUGCAAUCUGCACCCUCACCACUAGAUGCCACUAAACUUCACACACGGAACCUUUAAUUACCUGAAGUGCAGAGAGACAUGCUCAUAUCAGAAACAGAGCUUUAUUUUGAAAUUCCCGUCUUUAAUGACUUGUUGUGAGUGUUAUAAUAAUAAACUUUCGGUGUUUGCUGUAAAUGCAAACAUUUCCACCAGUUUAAUCCAUUGCCUCAAUAAAAUUUGUUACAUUUACACAUCAGUAAUUCCAUCAGUGAAUACGAGUGAAAAGAAAAUCAACUACAAAAACUAAUUUAGUAUUUAUUUCUACUCUUAUUUCCAAUUAGCAUCUUCUGUUUGUGGUAUAUCACUGAUCCUGUCAGUGGAACAUUUCUAACAUAAAUGUUUCACAAUCUGCAGGUUUUUCUACUUAUGGAAUUAGUGAUCUGAUAAUGUAUAUAAUGCUGAAAUUCUUGUGUGAACUAGUACCAGUAUUUCCACCUCGAACUCUAAAAAAUCUACAAAGUUUAUAUGAAUUGUAUUCAUUGUCACACAGUCAGUACACAUUCUUGCUGAUGGUCUUGCAUGUUAACAGUCUUGAUACAACCUCAAAAUUAAUGUAAUGUCCGUUCCUGUUAAAAUCAUAGAACACUUUAAGGUUUAUGAGAAACAUCACGUCCUGACUGUAGCUCAUGACCUUUGCUGUCUUGGGUGCUCACUUAUCUCUUCACUUAACGAAUCUGGCUUUAGAAAUUGUUGUUCAUUCAUGAUUUUGCUUCAUGUAGAUAUGUAUUUGUUAAAACAUCAGCCGAUCUGCAAAUCUUUUUUCCGUAGCAAUAUAGAGUCCUGUGUUGAGUACAUUUCUUUAGUGUACAGGAUGGAGUACAUUGUUCAAGGUAUUGUUUUAGUCUGUAAUACCUUAGAUUUUGAAUGAGUGUCAAAUUCCAGUGCUGUCUGAUGAUGGACACAAACAAAGUGAGAAAUACAUGGAAGACUGACGCAGCAGAAUGCAGUUUGUUCACUGCUCGGCUCCUUAAUAUUCAGAUAGAGUCUAGCACUCGUAGACUCCUCUGUCUCCUCUGCCUCCUCUGCCUUGAGUUUAAGUGAAGCCCGUCCCCCAAAGCCUAAUUACACACCUGCUCAAAUGUUGGAAGUGCAUCUUAAGUCAAUAUAUUUGUUCCUGCUGCAGUGUUGGAUUCAAUAGCAAGUUACACUCGGAAUUGACACGAGCCUGAAGGGUUUAUAAUGAGUUUCCUUCACAAAGAAAAGGGAGAUUCACCAAGCUCAUUGAAUUCUCCCUGAGGCUGUGAUCAGUUGAUACUCGCCUCUCUGAGCGUUGUAAAAUAGUUGAUAGUUGCUCAUAAGCUGCGUAAUUAGCACCAGCUAGCUAACCUGGAGUAGUAAAGUAGUAAAAACAUGCUACAAAAAGAUCAGUUAAUUGUUUCUGUUUGAUGUUUCUGUCACAUAUACAUUUUAACAUUGUCAAAUUCUAACCACCUGGUUAAGUUAUUAUUAGUAUUAUAAAUUAUUACUAUUGUUGUUUUUUGGGCUACAUGUAAGUUGUGGAGAAGGUGUCACACGCUCCUUUGAGACAUACACUGAACUCUUGAUAAUCUCCUGAAAUUCAUUACCCAGAGGGGCUGUAUGUGAGAAUGCAUGCGAGUCUGCUGCUCCCGACAUUCUCCAAAGUUUCUCUAGCCAGCCCCCUAGUAAAAACGCCAGGUAAUGUGCGAGUAUGAGAAUGCAGCAGGAGAAUAUUUGGAGGAUUCAUUGCGAGUGGGCCCAUUGAUGAUGUUUCUAACUCACGAAGAAUGCAAAACUGAAAAAAAACAAAAAGAAUACAAACAUCUCAGGAUAAAAAAAAAAGAGGUGUCAUAGAUGUAGAAGACACAGACGAAGAUGUCAACUUGGAAAGACAAGUAGAGUAUCGAGAGCUUUUGGUGAAACGAGCCACGCCGGUGUUGAUGUGCUCUAAACAAAAACAUGUGAUCUCGCUCGGGGGAAUUUAUAGAUAUGUGUCCUUCCUCAUGAUGCGCCAACCAUCCCCUGAACGAUCCAGAAAUUUCUGUGCUGUUAUUAAUGUGUCUGAGCCAAGAAUCUCCUGCUGCGUUCUCAGAAAAGAACGUCAAGACCCUUUUGUGGGGACAUUCUUUGGAGUUCAUGUCUGAGCUGUAAAACAUGAAAACCAAAAUAAGAUUAAAAAGGAGAAAAGGCUAAAACUCCAUUUAAUCAGAGAGCAGCCAUAGCUCAAUGCUAAUUAUUUAAUUUGAACCCCUCUGCGCUUCAUGCCAAUUCUUAAUAUAAAAUAUAUUGCUUUAUGGUGCACAUGGGCUGUGGAGGAAGCAGGAGACCUCAUGUAAGAUAAUGUUCCUAACACUGAAGGAGUCAAGCAGUGAGACCUGCAGAGAGUCAAGCUACAACAGCCAUGGCAAUCUUUGGUGGGUGCCGGCAACUUUGAGAUAACAUCCAAAUAUCAGGUUUACACAGAUAUCUUGGCUGUCAGCAGACUCCGGGAUGUCUUGUACUCAUAUUUGGAUAAAUCCAAUACACGAGUUAAACGAGCAAAUGACACACAGUUUGAUUUGUCUCGCUGUAACAGCCAUUUUCAUUUCCUGAGAACAAUUAUACAAAUCAACAGAUUGAUCUGUGAAUACCUUCCCCCUUACUUUCCAAAGCAUUGUUGCGCCCCCCCUGCUGCUUUUGCCGGUUUUUCCGUGAAGAUUGCAAGGGCUCAGUUGGAAGCGUGAUUUGAGUUUGAUGAGGAUGAUGGAUGACGCUGCUUUGAUUACCCUGACACCUCCAGUGGGGGCUGUGAUUGUAUUUUCAGAAGAAAGGACAACAAUAUGUUUAUGUAAUGUCUGUUUCACUUUGCGUCAACUUCUAAGUCACCUAACUGAGCACUGGAUUUUUGAAUAUCUUUCUCAGACUAGCAGACAAUAAAGACUGUAAGAGUGAUUGAUGUUACAAUAAGGUUCUUGAUAAAGAAAAUCUUGUUUAUUAAUUAACGGUAUAAAAGCAAUUACUAUUACUGUAUAUUGUAUCUGGUGAUUUUGAUACUAGUAAAAAUUACAAAUAUAUCUGGGUAGCUUUGAUGAGCUUUUGGGUUCUUCCUUAGGAUAUAUAUUAAAGAUGGAACUUGAAUUGAAGGUGACAACUUAUUGUAUCUGAACUACUAACAAAGGAUUGUGAUUGCAUCGCAAUUAGUUAUAAUUUGUGAGAAAAAUGAUUUGCUUUUUUUUCUAGUAAACCUUAGUCCUACACA